UUUUAUUUACGUUUUUCUUUUGGUUGUAUUUAACAACAAAAGCUCAAAAGCUAGACAAAAGAGUUAAGUUAACAGGGAAUUUUCGACAAUUAAAUAUAAAUAAAUCAAUGAAGCAGUGAAAUUAUGGGAACAGCUGAUAACUGAAGGUGCAGAUGGGGGAUACUCCGCGGAUAAGGGAGAAAACAACCCCCAAGAGGAGAACGCGAAAAAGGGUGCGCGAGAGUUGCUGCUCAGUUUAGUUGCGAUUUGCUCGUGCCGAGAUAGCAACUGCUCUCCUCCGCGGAAUAAAUUUUCAAACUGCAAAAAUAAGAGAAAAACAAAUCGCGGAGCAACAACAAAUGCUGAAAAACAGAGAUCGUCAGUAACAGCAACCCCACCCCCCGCAAAAGCCGUGAUGCCGUGGACGUUGUGAAAUAGUAAAUCACCUUCCAUCAUCUCUCACCAUUCCGCAUCGACAUUCGUCAUCCGGCAGCGCGGAACCGUGGAAAUCCCCCUUUAGGAUGGCCCUCGCCAGCGCCGCAGCCGCCCUGCUGAAGGGCUCCCAGACUCCGCUGCAGCAGCUCCUGGAGGACAUCAACUUCCAGCGCACCAAGGAGAUGCGCCAGCUGCUCAAGGACGAUGGCGGCUUCGUGGUCCUUCAGGGCACAACAUACUGGACGGACCUGUUCGUGCGGCACUUCCUCUUCCAGACAGAGACGGAGAACAGCAUCGAUUCGGAUGAUUUGCUCUUCUUUGUGCGCAAGAAGCACGUGAAAAGCUCCUCGCGCCACAUGCCAAAAUUUGAGACUGAGGUGGAGGUAUUCCGCAAGGACUCGCGUAAACUGCCCAUCGGCGAUCCUGAUGUGGACUGGGAGGAGACGGUUUACCUGAACAUGGUCAUCCACCAGUUCGACUACACACUCACACUGGCCAUUUGCACCAGGACUUCGCCGAAGGAGCUGCAGGUGCUGCGGCGUCAUUCCCAAAGGGUUUACGCCAGUCCCAGUCGUCGCAAAAUGGACACGAAAGGCGAGGGUGAGGAGAUCACGUAUCCGCACAUCUGCUUCAUGGUGGACAACUUCGAUGAGGUGUUCAGCGACAUCCUGGUGCGCGAUGGGGAGAUGGUGUGCGUGGAACUGGUGGCCAAUGACAAAGAUGGAGCUGUCCAAGGGGUGAUUUUCCUGGGAUCCAUACGCUAUGAUGCCUUGAAGAAGGUCUAUGAUGCGAGGCAAUCUAGUUUGAGUUCCAAGGUGGCGCAGCGCAUGUCCUUUGGCCUCUUCAGCAGCGGAGCCGGCGUCCAGACGCGCUGUGAGUUUGUCCGCAUGAAGGGACCGCAGGGCAAGGGCCAUGCCGAGAUGGCGGUCACGAAGCCAAAGGGCUCCGGCGUGGAAACGCCCACCAGCGAGCCGGGAUUCUGCGCCACCGACAUGUGGGACGAGUGGGAGGAGGAGAACGACGACUACUGCACUUACCGCCACCAGCGACGUCUCAGCGAUCCGAGUGCCAAUCUAAAUAACUUCUCACGCUAUGGAUGGCGCACCAAGGGUGCCAAUAACCAGGACAUGGUGGGCAGCGGCACGAGUUCCAGUGUGGGAGCAAAGGCGCGAUCGGAGAACGAGGGACUGGACUCGCUGGCCAGCGAGGUGUCCGAGAUCGAGGCCGGCGAUCUGCGCGAUGAUCAGCAACGUCCUGCUUUCUCGGCCUCCGCGGCAAAACUGCACCCAAAUCCGAACUGCGAGACAAACAAACUAGCGACUGGUGACCCAGAAAAGUUGUCUCCCAGUGAGAGUAGUUCCGCUCCAGUGGCCAUUCCGGCUGUUACUCCGCCGCCACUGAGUGCUGCCGUAGAGGUAACCGUUUCCGGAGAAACCAAUGGAUCUGGAAAGAGCUCAGCCACAACGGGCUGCAAUUGUUUUGGCGGCAAGAAGUGCAAGAAGCGCUGGGCGAUGGCCAAAAAUACCGACACACCGGAAAUGUCCGAGGUUUACUGCCCCAGCUGCGAGGAUCCGUCCAACGAGUCGCCCGCCUGUCUGGCCAAGAUGCCCGACAAGCGGCCCACGCGUCUCAAGCCGAAGCCCACCAGCAUCCUGAGUGUGGAGAGCGAGCUGGUGGUUGGCAAAAGGAGCAGUUUCCGCCUGCCGUCGGAGGGGAAACGCAAGCAGCAGGGCGGCAGCAUCACGAGGAGCGCCUCCCUGAGCGCCGCCGAUCGCAGGACCAGCCUUCCGGUGGCCACCAAGAAGAUCAUUCCCCCAAGACUGCGCACGGGUAAAGCCAAGGAUGUGGAGAAGGAUAAAAACAAGGAGAACGACAAGAAGUCCUCGAAUCAGAAGCUCAACGGCUCGUCCUCCAACUUUCUGGCCAAGAUGUCGCCCAAGCGGCUAAAAGGCGGCAAGGACAAGGAUGGAGACAAGGCAGAAAAGCCGAAGGACAAGGGCAAAUCGGUAGCUGAAGCCAAAAGCAAGGCAGUCAAUAAUAAUAAUCCAAAAACGGAGACGGAGACCACCUCCAAAACCGAGGAAUACGAGCUGGCCGACGAUGCUACCUCCUUGAAUGGUAGCGAAUCUGAAGGAGCCGCCAAAAUGGCCAUCCUGAGCGAGAGCGACAGCAAGCUGAUGAUCAGUGUCCGUGGAAGGGAAGAGCUGCCCGUGGUGGAGUCACCCAAGUCGCCAACCAAACGCAACUUCGAGCAGUGUGUUCGCACGCCUGUGGAGCCGGAGAAUCAUCCGCUGCAGCCGAACGAGAACAAUGAGAACGAUGUAAGCAAGGUGAUCUCGCCCACGGAACUCACGCCCAUGCUGGAUGUGGCCAAUGGCAACCAGGAGGCGAGUAGCACUCUUCCGCGUACAGCCAAGCAGGCGCAUGUCAGCAAGAUGCUGCAUUUGGUGCCCAAGCGGCGGACUCCCGAUGGCACCAACAUCUACUACUGGUGUGAUGUGCCCAAGAAGGCAAUUAAAGAGCUCGACGAUGGCGCCUAUAAUCCCCUGUGGACCAGUCGAGGCUUCACGCAGUCCUUUCACUUCUGGAAGGAGAACAGAAGACAGCAGUCGACGCCGCUCAACGCAUUCCUCACCUAUGUGACACUGCCCUGGUGGAGCAUUGCCAAGGACCUCUUGGAUCAUCGGGAGACGCCUAUUCUGACCUUUUAGUAUUAACCUAAUUUGCAAUUGUGAUUUAUUACCCUAUGCUUUAUAUAGUUCUCACAUCUAUUCCCUAUUUACCGAUCGAAUGCCAACCGUGUGAUCAGUCUCCUAGUUUGAUUUAUUAGUAUAUCUGCUUUGUUCUCGACCGAAUGCGUUGAGUUUCCUAAAGCGCAGAGCCAACCUACAAAUUUAUAAACUACGAUAGUGAACACUGUUACCGAUGAUAUGGAAAUAUAUAAUUGUAAUAUUAUUUGUAAAUUGUACGGCAACAUUUAUACCACGAAAUAUAUACCAAAUAGAGAGAUAAAUUAAUCAA